AUGGCCACGCCUACAACCGCGAGCAAGGAGGCGCCGCCUCAAAACGCCGCAAAGGGGGCCGAGAUCAAAUAUGAGUACAUGUUCAAGAAGGACAAGAGUCCCACUGAGCAGCUCGACGCGCUCCUGAGAGCCAUUGCUCGUCACAUCGCCCUCGAAAUUGGCGACAAGACAGAGUACAGCCUGACGCCAGCGAAGCUUGCCGCCUUUUACAAGGCUGUCGGCGGCGACUAUGAUGCGUUGUUCGUCCAGAACGAGCACAAGUCAAUAAGUUGGAUGUGGCAGAUCACGGGCUGCCAACAUAGUCUGAACCCAACCGACGACGAUUUUGCACCGCCUUCGAUACCUGCUCUCACACCCAGAGGCUUCUGCCGUUGGGAGUCGCUCGAGAUCCUCCUUGGUCCGGACGAACACGUUCCCUUUCUCCAAUACGCGGUCAAACACUUCAACCUGAAGCACCCCGAAACAGGCGCACUCUUCCCACCCAACCUGCCGAGGACAGUGUUUCCUCAAGAGCCGGACCCCGAAGUCGACAGGUGGCACAAGCACUGCGCUGCACAGCUGAACGAGGCCGCUGCGAAAGAAGGCGCAACGGACGACCAGACAUCACCAGAGGCAAAGCCAGGCAGGACGAAGCCGGCACCAGAGCGUCCCGAGUUCGCCGAGCCGAAGUAUGCCUACGUUCAUGUCAACCAUUCGAAUUCGUCGUCAGAGCGCCAGCAUGCGCGCCCAGGCGCCCAGCGCGCGAGACCAUUUACCUACAGCCACGUGCCAGGCAGAAGCGCAAACACUCCAGGCGUGCCGGAUCUCGACGCCAUAGUCAUCCUCGACCCUACGAUACGGACGAUUCUGAAAGCGAGCCCCAGCCGGCCCAUCAAGCAAGGAGACGACAAGCUAUCGCCCCGCAGAGCGGCCAAGGACCGACUCGAGACAGAACUCAGAGGGGGUUUUUCAGACAUCGACUCGGAAGAAACGUCAGAGCCAGAGACGAGCGGCGAGGAUCUACGCCGACGCAGACGCAAGGACGAGAGGGUACGAGACGGUUAUAAAGCAAGGCCGCCUCCGUAUGAGCUAGACCGCGAACUAGACGAUGACGUAGACUCAGGCGGUCGCAGAUACAGACCAAGCAUCCGCAGGCCCGAGGUCUACAGACGGACGAGCAGUCAUGCCGAUAUCGACCGUCGGCGAGAUCAAGCUGGCUUUGACCCCCGUGGUAGAGACAGGUUUCCGGACGACAAGAGACGCUAUGACAGACGCUCACCCAACGAGGGCGGCUCCACCAGCCCUAUGACCGGAGUGACCGGAAGGCGAUACCCGGCCGAGCCGGUGUAUACAUGA